GGAAAUCAGAAGUUUCAUGGAAGAGGACUGAGCCCUCUGGAAAUUUUAUCUUUUUGCAUAGCUUAUAGGGAGGGAGCAGCUAGCUGAAUGCUUCCUGUUUUCAUUAACGUGACCCAGCCUACUUACAACACAUGCCCAGAACUGCAUUAGUCAUGGGAUUGGAGCCAAACAUUUAAGACUGCAGAGCAUAUACGAGAAUUUACUGCUUUGACAUUGAAAACCACGGAAGAAUUGGAGCCUUGCAUUGAAAGGAGUUGUUCUGCAGCACUUUUUUUCUUGUCUAAAGUUUACUUCUGCAAGAGAACAUCUGAAAAAUGACAGGGGCAAAGAGGAAAAAGAAAAGUGUGCUCUGGAGCAAGGUGAAGGCUCCCCAUUGUGAGGGCUUUAAACAGUGGUGUAGAAGACGGCUACCGAUUUUGGAAUGGGCAUUACAUUACAAUCUGAAAGAAAACUUACUUCCAGAUACUGUGUCUGGGAUCAUGUUGGCAGUUCAACAGGUGACACAAGGGUUGGCCUUUGCCAUUCUCUCAUCUGUGCACCCAGUGUUCGGUUUAUAUGGGUCUUUUUUUCCUGCCAUCAUUUAUGCCAUCUUUGGAAUGGGAAGUCACGUUGCCACAGGCACUUGUGCCUUGACAUCCUUAAUAUCAGCCAAUGCAGUGGAACGGCUUGUCCCUUCGAGUAGCCAGAACCUCACCAAACAAAGUAACACAAGCAUCCUGGGCUUAUCUGACUUUGAGAUGGAAAGGAUUGGUAUCGCUGCAUCCGUUUCCUUCUUGGGAGGUGUGAUUCAGGUGGCCAUGUUUGCCCUACAACUGGGCGGUGCUACGUUCCUGCUCACGGAGCCUGUGAUCAGCGCAAUGACAACUGGGGCUGCCACAAAUGUUUUGACUUCACAAGUCAAGCAUCUCUUGGGAAUGAAAAUACCUUACAUAUCCAGGCCACUUGGAUUAUUUUAUCUCUACACAUAUGUCUUUGAGAACAUCAAGUCUGUUCGCCUGGAGGCCCUGCUCUUAUCCUUGCUGAGCAUUGUGGUGCUUGUGAUAGUGAAAGAGUUAAAUGAGCAGUUUAAAAAGAAAAUUAAAGCCGUCCUUCCUGUCGAUUUGGUUUUGGUUAUUGCUGCAUCAUUUGCUUGUUAUUAUACCGAUAUGGAAAAUACAUAUGGAUUAGACGUACUUGGUCAUAUUCCAAAAGGAAUUCCUUUGCCUAGACCUCCCUCCAUGCAUGUCCUCUCUGCAGUAAUCACAGAAGCUUUUGGAGUAGCACUUGUGGGCUAUGCGGCCUCCCUGGCUCUUGCUCAAGAAUGUGCCAAAAAAUUCAAAUAUUCAGUGGAUGACAACCAGGAAUUUUUGGCUCAUGGCCUCAGCAAUGUGAUUUCUUCAUUUUUCUUCUGCAUACCAAGUGCUGCUGCCAAGGGAAGGACCACUAGCCUAUACAGCACAGGAGCAAAGACACAGGUGGCUUGUCUCAUAUCUUGCGUUUUCGUCCUGACAGUCAUUUAUACAAUAGGACCUUUGCUUUACUGGCUGCCAAUGUGUGUUCUUGCAAGUAUUAUUGUCGUGGGACUGAAAGGAAUGCUCAUACAGUUUCGGGAUUUAAAAAAAUAUUGGAAUGUGGAUAAAAUCGAUUGGGGAAUAUGGGUCAGUACAUAUAUAUUUACAAUAUGUUUUGCUGCCAAUGUGGGGCUACUGUUUGGUGUUGUUUGUACCAUAGCUAUGGUGAUUGGUCGCUUCCCAAGAGCAAAGACACUGAAUAUAAAAAACAUGAAUGAAAUGGAAUUUAAAAUGAAAACAGAAAUGGAUGGUGAAACCCAGCAGCAGGUGAAAAUUAUCUCAAUAAAUAACCCACUGGUUUUUCUGAAUGCAAAGAAGUUUCAUGCUGAUCUAAUGAAUAUAAUCCAAAAAGAACGUGCCAGCAACCAGCCAUUUGAUGAUACCAACAAGUGUGAACAAAACUCAUUGCUCAAUUCUCUGUCCAAUGGCAAUUGCAUUGAAGAAGCAUCACAGCCCUGCCCAGAGAAGAGGGCGUGCUCCAUAGUCCUGGACUGCAGUGGUUUGGCCUUUUUUGACUCCUCUGGCGUCUCCGUGCUGGUUGAGGUUUACAGGGACUGUCAGAGCAGGAGUGUGGAUGUAUCAUUAGCCCAUUGCACAGCUUCCUUGGUAAAAGCCAUGCAGUACUUUGGAAACCUAGACUCAGAGAAACCAAUUUUUUUUAAAUCAGUAUCUGCUGCCAUAAGUGACAUCCAUUCGAAUAAAGUGAGACAAAAUCUGAGCAAACUCAGCGAGCAGAGUGAAGUCUGAAGCCCCGUGUGCUGCAGCACAGAUGUUGCUUCAGCAUCUGGCCUGCGGAGAACAUACGCCAGCGUUUUGCACAACCUGUUCCGUCAUUCAGAUCCUGCAGAGGACCUCUGCUGCGGUCCGUACAGUGUGACUUGUUAGCCACAGAGUCCCUGGUCGAGAUCUGCUAUCACUUUUUCCCUACUUUUUGUUAGUAAGCAGAUUCACUGAGUAGGUUAUUUUGUAGUUAUUUUAUAAAAUGGGUAUGCAUUUAGUUUUGGUAUACUGAAAGGUAAACAUGAAUGUAUUUCCUUUU